AUGGCCUCCGCGCUGCUGCCGCUGCUGCUCGCCCUUGCCGCCACGUCUGCCGCCGCGGGCCGCCUGCUCCCCUACGACCUGCUCUACGCGGACGGCGUGCGCGCCUACCUGGCGCGGGAGUGGGCGCGGGCGGCCGAGCUGCUGCAGCGCUCGCUGCACAGCUACGCGGGGCUGCGGGAGGCCCGCGGCGCCUGCCGCCGCGCCUGCCGCGACGAGGCRGCCUUCGCGCGGGGGCCGGCGGCGCCCUGGGAAGCCGCCUUCUUCGACCGGGUGCUGCAGCGCGCCGAGUGCCUGCAGCACUGCCUGGGCCGCCGCCUCGGCGGGCCGCCCUCCGCGCACCGCGUCAGCCACRCCAUCCGGCGCGAUUUCGAGCGGCGGGAGCCCUACAACUACCUCCAAGUGGCCUUCUUCCAGUUGAAGAAGCUGGAUCAAGCAGUAUCUGCAGCUCACACGUUCUUCGUUGCAAAUCCCCAGCACCUCCAGAUGCGUGAAGACAUAGAGAAAUAUCGCCGUAUGUCAGGCGUGAAAGCAGACAGCUUCCGGGAUCUGGAGGCCACCCCRCUCUGGGAAGCCUAUGAGGCUGGGCUGCAGCACUACAAUGCAGAUGAGUAUCUGCAGGCUGUGGACAGGCUGGAGGAGUCACUCAGAGAGGCAAUGUCGGCACUGGAAGAGUGUCGUACCCUGUGCGAAGGACCUUGGGAGGAGGAGGAGAAGGAAGAGGAAAAUGACGGGGACCAGGAGGAGGAGAAGGAGGACAUGCAACCUGGCCUGUAUGAAACAAUUGCAGCCCAYUAUGUUCAGGUCUUGAAAUGCAGACAGCAAUGUGUGAUUGAAAUUGCCACAAAGCCAGGGCGGAUUUCAGCUGCAGAAGAUUUCAUACCCUCCCAUCUUGACUUACUGCAGUUCGCCUAUGACCAAGGUGGAAACAAGACACUGGCUGCUGAAUGUGCUGCUUCCUACUUGCUCUUCUAUCCCAUGGAUGAGCCAAUGUUGGAGAAAAUGAAUCAGUAUCGCACAGAACUGGGGCAGGACACAACUGUCACAGCCAGAGAGAAUAUUCAGCAUUACAUAGAGAGAUCACUGAUGGAAAAGAAGUUGAUUUACUAUGCAGUGGAGCAUCUAGGAGGAACUUUUAAUGACCCUGAUCUCUGGACUCCAGAUGAAUUGAUUCCUGAAAGUCUAAAGGAGCAACAAAGAGAGGAUCAGGAGAAGCAAAAGCAGGAGACUCUGGAUGUGGAAGAGAGGGAGAAGAGGGGUCCUUUGCCUUUUGAAGGUAUCACUGUCACCAUGGAUUCCCGAGAGAUGAAUGGAACCCAAAGGGCUGUGUUUGACCAAGUCCUGACAGAGUCUGAGUGUCUGGACCUUCUCCGUCUGACAAAGGCAGCUGGAGGAACUGGAGAUGGCCUCAGGGGAAGACGGUCCCCUCACACCCCACAUGAGAGAUUUGAAGGGUUGACUGUUCUGAAGGCCAUGCAGCUGGCCCAGAAUGGUGAUGUGGACUGGAAAGAUGCCAAAUUGCUUCUGCAGGCCAGCGAGAAAUCCCGAAAAAUCAUAGAGUCCUAUUUUACCCCUGGGAAGAAGCUCCAUUUCUCAUUCACACACCUUGUGUGCCGCACAGCUGUAGAAGGGGAACAGGAAGGUCGCAUGGAUCUCAGCCACCCAGUCCAUGCUGACAACUGUCUCUUGGAUCCUGAAGGAAAUGAAUGCUGGAGAGAACCACCUGCUUAUGUGUACAGGGACUACAGUGGCAUUCUCUAUCUCAAUGAUGACUUCCAAGGUGGGGGCCUUUUCUUCACUGAACUGGACGCUGUGACUGUCACAGCCAAGGUGUAUCCUAAGUGUGGGAGACUGGUAGCCUUCAGCUCUGGCAAGGAGAACCCACACGGCGUGUGGGCCGUGAGCAGCGGGAGGCGCUGCGCCGUGGCCCUCUGGUAUACACACUCCCCGGAGCACGCAGAGCAGGAGAGGCUGAAGGCGGAGGAGCUGAUGGAGAAGGCGUCUGCGGAGCAGGAUAAGAUGGAUGGACAACUACAUCAGAGAGAUGAUCGUGGCAGCAGUUCCUCACAGGAGUCCCCCAUGCCUAGUGACAGAGCCAAAACCACAAGACGGAGACAUAAGCCCAGCUCCGACGGGACACAGCAUCCCAAGGAGCUGCGACCCAGAGAUGAGUUCUGAGUGUGUGAGACCCUGGGACAGGACUGGCACGCACAGUGGCCUGUCACCAUCUCAAUAGUGCUGGCACCACCAAGGCCUGGAGCAGUUUAUUAGCAUGCUAGAGCCAUAGUGAUAGAGAGGGAUGUAGCUUGCUUCUCUGUGAGUUCCCAGAAGUUGAAAAAUGGAAUCAGGGACAGCAUAUUAAAGUCAGUGACACCGAGAUCUUUCUUCACCGCCUCACCUACAUGUUUGUGUCACUUGUCACUUCUUUCAGUGUAACUUCUUGGUUGUAUGGGUCCAAAUCAAAGCAAAGAAGGAAGGGACUUGUGGGAGCAAGGGCUAUCUCACAUUCAGAAAUUCARCAAAAGCUUGUGAACACCUUAGGCACCUGUAAACUUUUGAGGUUUUAAACUGCCRUGUAGUUGAAACAAGAGAGAGAGAGAAGGUGAAUGGCUGUGAAUAUGUGGAUUAAAAGCAAAAUGUUGAACAGAAAUGUUGAGAGGAGUUUGAAUCUGUGCUCCAGGAGGGAGACA